AUGACAGCAAACCCUCUAAGAACAGCUCUUGCUUUGUUCUUCUUUGCCCUCUCUGGGGUCCCGGCCAUGGGAGAAAUCUCUUGCAAAAGUGAAAAUGGUGAACCUGUGGACUGGGUUAUCUUUUAUAAGGUGCCCAAAGUGUUUCACAAGAACAGAACAGGGCUGGAGUACCUGUACCUAGACUCCUUAACAAGAAAAUGGAAGAAGAGCAACCAUCUGAUCAACAACAACAGAAGUAUUUUGGGAAGGACCCUGGAACCGCUGUAUGAAGCAUACAACUCCAAGAGCAAUAACACAGCCUAUCUAAUAUACAAUGACGGUGUCCCUAAGUCUAUGAAUUACAGCAGAAAGUAUGGACAUACCAAAGGUCUACUUGUGUGGAACAGAAUCCAGGGCAUCUGGCUGAUUCAUUCUGUCCCCAGGUUUCCUCCACUUCCGAAAGAUGGCUAUGAUUAUCCAUCCUCAGGGAGACUUUAUGGACAAAGUGGCAUCUGCAUAACUUUCGAAUACAGCCAGUAUAAAAAAAUAGAUUUUCAGCUCUUUGUCUCCCAACCAAACAUCUACAGCUGCUCCAUCCCAAACAUCUUCCAUCAAAAACUCAUCCAUAUGACUCAGAUGUGUGCCAAGUCUGGCUCCUUAAACAUCCCUGGCCGGAGGCUCGCCGCUCUUCAAUCAGCCCAGGGACUGGUGUUCUUCCAUUUUGCGAAAUCCUCUCUUUAUACUGAUGACAUCUUUACAGGCUGGAUGGCUCAAAGCUUGAAGACACCUUUACUAGCACAAACCUGGCAGCGGAGGAAUCAUGAGCUUCCUUCCAACUGUUCCCUUCGUUACCACGUCUACAAUAUCAACUACAUUAGACUAGAUCACAAAUAUUCCUUCAGUUCUUACCAUGACCAUUCCAAGUGGUGCGUUUCCUACAACUUCAACAAUCACUGGACCUGUAUUGGAGAUCUAAAUCGGGACCCACACCAAGCCUUCAGAGGUGGGGGAUUCAUCUGUACCAUGAGUUGGCACAUUUAUCAGUUAUUUCAUGGAGCAGUUACUCAUUAUAAAAAAUGUGACUAA